UGUCUCGUCACCGUAGUAACGGUUCGUUGACACCGUCUUCUUUGGCGUGAUGAGACUGAAACGGCUACACAUGCGAUACUACCCACCAGGAAUAUUCCUGGACUAUGAGAAACGGGGGCAGCUAAGGACGAAAUCCAUCGAUCUGUUAAACUUGACUCCAGAGACUGAUGUGAAUGAGUUACUGUCAGACAUUAGAGCAGCUGAACCUCUCAUCACCUCAUCGUGCGCUGAGCAGGUGAAAGUCCUGAUCUGCAGACUACAAGAGAAAGUUGGCCAAAAGGAUGACCGCAAGUUCUACCUUUUCAGGGCACUUCAGGCUCACAUCUUGCCCCUGACGAAUAUAGCCUUCAAUAAAUCAGGAUCGAGUUUUAUAACCGGAAGCUAUGACAGGACUUGUAAAAUAUGGGACACCGCAUCCGGAGAGGAGCUGCACACUUUGGAGGGCCACAGGAACGUUGUGUAUGCCAUCGCCUUCAACAACCCGUACGGAGACAAGGUUGCCACAGGCUCCUUUGACAAGACCUGCAAAUUGUGGAGUGCUGAAACAGGAAAGUGUUUCUACACAUUUAGAGGGCACACAGCAGAAAUCGUCUGCUUGGCCUUCAACCCUCAGAGUACCUUGGUUGCUACGGGCAGCAUGGACACCACGGCUAAAUUAUGGGAUGUUGAGAGUGGAAAAGAGGUGUCCACAUUGGCAGGUCACUUCGCCGAGAUCAUCUCUCUCUCCUUUAACACAAUGGGCGAUCAUUUGGUCACGGGGUCGUUUGACCACACUGCCAUUCUGUGGGACGUUUCUUCUGGCAGCAAAGUUCACAUUCUCACAGGUCACCGAGGAGAAAUCAGCUGCGUUCAGUUCAACUGGGACUGUUCCCUCAUCGUCACGGCCUCUCUGGAUAAAACCUGCAAGGUUUCUGUCUCUCUUCACUCUCGUUCUGUCUCAUGA